AUGCCUCGACCCAAUGACGACGUCGUCCACGCCGACGCCCGGCGCUUCCUCGACGACCGCGGCACCACGGCGGCCCUCGCGCCCAACGGCCUUAACCCGGCCAUGAUCAUGGAAAAGGCCGUCAAGGACCGCAUCGUCGACUCCUACUUUUACAAGGAGCAGUGCUUCGCCCUCAACGAGGCCGACGUCGUCGACCGCGUCGUCGAGCACGUCUCCUUUGUCGGCGGCACCCACGGCGCCGCCCAGAAGCCCAGCCCCUUCCUGUGCCUGGCCUUCAAGCUGCUCGAGCUCGGCCCCAGCGACGCCAUCCUGCGCGAGUACCUGGCCCACGGCGGCGAGCACUUCAAGUACCUCCGCGCCCUGGCCUGCUUCUACGUCCGCCUCACCCGCCAGGCAAAGGACGUGUACCAGACGCUCGAGCCCUUUCUCGAGGACCGCCGCAAGCUGCGCCGCAAGGGCAGGGCCGGCACCUCGCUGACGUACGUCGACGACUUUGUCGACGACUUGCUCACCCGCGAUCGCAUAUGCGCGACGAGCCUGUGGAAGAUGCCCAAGCGCGAGAUCCUCGAGGACCUGGAGUUGCUCGAGCCUAGGGUCAGUCUUCUGGGCGACUUGGAUGACUUGCUGGACGAGGAUGACGACGACGAGGGACCCGCCACGCCACUCGGUGAAGAUUUUCACGACCUCGGAGACCACGGAACUGGCCUCGAGAAGAAUCGGGAAGAAAAGCCAUCUACGGGCUCUAGAGCCUAG